AUGCACUAUGGCGCCCCCGGUGCUCCUGCUGGCUUUUGCCACUGCCCUCACCACCACCUGCAUCCUUGCAAUGCCAGCUUCCCCUGGGAGAGCUUCCAGCUCCUCCAGGCCAUGGCUCCCAGCCCACCACUGCCCUGCCACCACCAGCAUGUAUCAUUUGCCUUUGACACCCUCCCUCCACAUCAACACCUGCAGCAAGCUGUCACCAGUGCCCUCCACAUCCUCCAGCACCUCUUUGUCAUCCUCAGCAGCCCCAGCACUCCCCAACACUGGAAUGCCCAGGCAUGGCAGGAUCUCCUCAACAACCUCCAGCAUUACAUCCACCACCUGGAGCAAUGCAUGCCAGCCAAUGGCAUGCUCUUUGAAGGCCAAGGGCCUCACAACCUGCUGUUCAGUAUCAACAAAUACUUCAGGCUCAUCCAGGACUUCAUCUGCUCCCAUAACAACAGCGCCUGCACCUAGGACCAUGUCUGCCUCAAAGCUCACAUCUGCUUCAAAUGCGUGGAUACACUCAUAUG